AGAACACAAACACAGAGACUCGUAGGAGAAAUAUUGAAGAAAGAUAUGGUGGCUAAAAGCAUGAAUGUGAGCAAUGUGCUGGUCCUUGUUAUAGCAGCGGCAGUAUUCACGCUACAUGGAACAGAAGCUGCACAAUACACAGUAGGUGACGAGCUCGGUUGGACCAUUCCUCCGGGUGGCGCCGCCACUUACGCUUCAUGGGCUGCCAAGCAUAGUUUGGUAGUUUCUGAUAUUCUAACAUUUAACUUUGCGGUUGGAGAACAAGAUUUGGCUUUAGUAACCAAGGAGGAUUUUGAUGCGUGCAACACAGCCGAACCGUUGUUUGUGUUCCAAGAACCAGGAGACUUUAUAUUUGAAAGUGAGGGCAUGUAUUAUUUGACCUGCACCUUCGCCGGCCAUUGCGCCAAAGGCCAAAAGAUUGCCCUCUACUUCGCUCCCUCAGGCGGAUCUCCAUCUCCAAGUCCCGCUGCAAGUCAAAGUGCUGAUGAUGCUGCCGCGGUCAAAUUUGUGUCCAAGAAAGAGUAUGGCUUCAAGAAAUCAAUACCUGUAACGAUGAAGUCCCUCUAAAUAUAUCUUGCUCGCUAUAAAUAGGUUGCCAAGAAGAGUACUAGUAUUGUCAUCUUA